AUGGAUUCGAAUAAACUCAAGUCUUUUGAGCACCUGGAGCUGGUAUAUAAACAAGUCAACGGCCAUGAUAUCAAAACGAGCGUUUUGAUGCCCAAAAAUGGGAUUACUGGCUCCCUUCCGGUCCUUGUUCAUUUCCACGGUGGUGGGCUGGUGAUGGGGGAUAAACUGUUUCUCCCUUGGUGGGCGAACUGGCUUAUUCAACUAGCAGAAAAGCACAAUGCCAUUAUUAUCAGUCCCAAUUAUAGACUCAUACCGGAAUCCACAGUAUCCGAUACGCUUCAGGACCUUGUGAGCUUUUGGGCCUGGAUCCACGAAUCUCUGGCCUUUGAGGUGAAGAAAAUGAAUCCCAACAUCUCCCCAAACACCGAAAGGAUCACUGUUAUCGGAGAAAGUGCAGUGCACGGAAAAUUUCCCGAUUUUCUGGGUCUCGACAAGCGUGUUUAUCUGAGCAAGGCGAUGCAGCAGGAAAUGGGCCUCCCCCCUAUCUGGCUGAUCCAGGGUCGUGAAGACACUGCAAUGCCUUUAGAUUGCGCGCAGCAAUUUGUGCAAGAUAUGAAAGCGCUUCAUCCGGAGACGCCUUUUCAUUACAGCCUAGAGUCAGGCGGUCACGGCUUUGACCUGAAGUCUACUCUAGAUGAUGAUUGGGUGAAAAAAGGCGUCGAUUUUAUUGAGAGAUUUUGGCCGUGA